AUGCUAGGCGACGAUGAGGACGUCUUCGACAGUGUGACCUGGGAAUCUCCUGCAGCGCCGAACGUGCCAGACGACGCACCCUCUUCAGGCCCUGGCUUCAGACAGAGCACCGCAACAGACUCGGGAGGCCCUAACGACCCCAAAUGGGAGGGAUAUCUCUUCACCACAGUCAAGGAUCCGGUCAAGGAGCUGGCUGAAACGAAGGAUGCCUAUGUCUCAUAUCUGGUCUCUGCAAAGACGAAUUUGCCCAUUUAUUCCACCCCGAACCCCUCUGCUCGCCGACGCUUCCAAGACUUUGUCUUCUUGCGGGAGAAUCUGGUCAAAGAUUUUCCUGCAUGCGUGAUUCCACCUCUUCCAGACAAGCACCGACUCGAAUAUCUCACCGGAGACAGGUUCAGUCCCGAGUUCAUGGAACGUCGGCGCUCAGAGCUGAACCGGUUUCUCCAGCGUGUCUCGCGUCAUCCGACUCUGCAGCGGAGUGCACUCGUUCGCGCCUUCCUCGAAUCAACGGAAUGGCACGUUCAUAUGCAUCACCAUGUCGCCCACCCUCCAGGCCCAGAACCGUCGCCAGGCUUAAUUGACAAUAUCUCCGACACACUUCUCAAUGCCUUCACCAAAGUGCGCAAGCCCGACGACCGAUUCCUCGAGAUGCGGGAGAAUGUAGACAAGUUCGAGGAUGGCAUCAACGUCUCAGACCGCUUAUGGAAUAAAAUACGAAGUCGAUCUAGCGAUGGAAACCCUGAAUCCGCUGAAGACCUUACUGCUGACUAUCACGACCUUGCGGUAGCUGUGCAAGGUCUUGGUUUUUUGGAAUCAGGUAUCACCGAUCCUCUGAAUCACUUCUCGAAUACAUUGCUCGAAUUCUCCGCCCUCCUUCGCCACACGACCCAAACAACCACGGACCCCUUCAUCAUGCACUUACGAUCAUUGCUAGCCUACUCCCAUGCUAACCGCGCCGUAUUAAAGCUACGCGACCAGAAACAGCUUGACUUUGAAGAACUCUCCGACUAUCUUUCAGGUGUUACAACCGAACGCGAUAGGUUAUCGGCUGUUAUUCGCGGCCAUGCUGGUAGCACUGGUUUAGGUAUUGGCGCGUACCUGAAAGACAGAGUAGAUGCUCUUCGUGGGAUGGAUGAUGACCGAAGCAGGGUGGAGAAGAUGCGGAAGCUCGAUAUCAAAAUCAAAGAGCUUCAAGACGCAGUGACCACUGCUCAUGAGACUUUGGAUGCUUUCAGCGAUGAGACGCUUCGAGAACAAUCUGUUUUCCAGUACGCCAAAGAAGCAGAGAUGAAGGAGAUGCUGGGAGGUCUAGCUGAUGGGCAGAUUGAGUUCUAUAAAGCAGCAAUGGAAGAGUGGGAGAGAAUUAUACCCAUAAUACAACGCAUACGUGUCGACGUUUAA